AUGUUUCCCUGCUCCGGCCGGAAGCGGAGCAAUGGCGACAACCUACCAUGUGCCUACAGCAUGCUGGAGCUGGAGGUCGACGACAUGCACAACAUCUACCAAAAUGAUGAGAAUAAGGAGACGCCACAAAUCAAUGACAUCAGAGCCAUGCUCAGAUCAAUAGGGGAUGGUGAGAUCAACAUUUCAGCAUAUGAUACUGCAUGGGUCGCUCUUGUAAAGAAGAUGGACGGAGACCACGGCCCGCAGUUUCCCUCGAGCAUCAACUGGAUCAUUCAAAAUCAACUACCUGAUGGUUCAUGGGGCGACCAAGCCUUCUUUUUAGUCCACGACCGUAUGAUCAACACCUUGGCCUGUGUUAUCGCACUUAAGUCAUGGAACAUCCACAAGGACAAGUGGGAAAAAGGUUUGUCUUUUAUUCGAGAAAAUUUGUGGAGGCUAGAGGACAAUGAGUUAGAUGAUUGGAUGUUAGGUGGCUUUGAGAUAACCUUCCCCCAACUGCUAGACAUGGCGAUUGACUUAGGCCUCGAUGUGCCUUGUGAUGACCCUGCACUUCAAGCUAUAUUUGCCAAGAGAGACCUAAAGCUCGCCAGGUUCCCUAAAGAUCUAUUGCACGAUGAACCCACAACUUUGCUUUUCAGCAUCGAGGGAAUGAAAGGCCUAGACUGGAAGAGGCUACUUAAGCUACAGUGUCCCGAUGGAUCAAUUAUGUCAUGUCCUGCACCCACUGCUUAUGCUCUUAUGAAAACUGGUGACAAGAAAUGCCUCGAGUUUCUUGACGGAGUCAUUAACAAGUUCAAAGGGGGAGUACCUUGUAUCUAUCCCGUUGAUUUGUACGAGCACUUAUGGGUAGUGGAUCGGUUGAUGCGGCUGGGAAUAUCAAGGUACUUUACAAGUGAAAUCACUGAAUGCUUGGAAUAUGUAUUCAGACACUGGAGCGACGAAGGAUUGUGUUUUACAAGGGAUAAUUCAGUUAGUGAUAUUGACGACACUGCCAUGGGGUUCCGUCUUCUCCGGCUACACGGUUACCAUGUCUCUUCACGCGUGUUCAAGCAUUUCGAGAAGGAUGGAAAGUUCUAUUGCUUUGCAGGGGAGGCGAACCAGUCUGUGACGGCUAUGUUCAGCCUUUACCGUGCUUCCCAAGUUGCCUUCCCAGGCGAGGAUGAUCUCCAAUGGUCGGAGACCUAUAGCCGUGAAUUCCUUGUCAACAGGCGAGCCUCCAACAACUUAAAAGACAAAUGGCUGAUUCCCAAAGACUUGCCGGGCGAGAUUGGGUAUGUACUGGACUUGCCCUGGAGAGCUAGUUUGCCACGUAUCGAGACAAGGAUGUAUCUGGAGCAAUAUGGCGGCAGCGGUGAUGUGUGGAUCGCAAAGGUCCUCUACAGGAUGUUUCUGAUCAGUAACGACCUGUUACUUGAGGCAGCUAAAGCUGAUUUCGGCAGUUUCCAGAGACUCUGCCGACUUGAGUUGCAUGGCCUACAAGAGUGGUGCAAUCGGAAAAACCUUGCUGUGUCUCCGAAGAGUGUGCUCCAAGCUUACUUCCUUGCUGCCGCCAGCAUCUUCGAGCCGGAUCGAGCAACAGAGCGCCUAGGAUGGGCUCGCACGGCCGUGCUCGCUGAUGCCGUCUCCUCUCACUUGCGAGGUAGCGCCUCCGCCGACAGCACCAGGGAAGGCUUCAUUGCUAAACUAACUGGUGACCGUCGCACCAACACACAAAGGUUCGUCAGCAGCCUACUGAAUGCCCUUCAUGAGCACAUCAGCCUCCUUGCGUUUGACGAUGCUUCUGCCAACAACCUUUGUGAAACAUGGAGGCAGUGGCUCAUGGCGUGGACUAGCAAGGACUGUGAAGGGAAUGCAGCGCUACUGAUUGUUCGCACAGUCGAGAUGUGCUCCGGAAGGUAUCCUUAUCUGGAAGAACCAGACCUUUCUCGGCUUGAGCAUCUCACAUCUUCAAUCUGCCGGAAACUUGGCAAACAUAGCGCUCAGGAUGGAGAGAGUAUAUUGGAGGAUUCCAGCCAUCAGGUAGAUCUGGAGAUGAGAGAACUGGUCCAAUGCGUUCUUCAGAGCGGCGGCGGCACUGUCAGCCAACUCGCUAGGCAGACGUUUCUCCAUGUGGUGAAGAGCUUCUACUACGUCGCCCAUUGCUCUCCUGAAACAAUUGAUAGCCACAUCUCCAGGGUCAUAUUCGAAGAUGUCAUUUAG